UGUCCCUUCACCGAUACCUCACCCCUCCACCACCAGAUCAUCAUCACCGCCACCGCCACCGCCACCUUGCGCGGCACCGUCGCAGUGUCGCGCACCAGCCAUGGACACCGGCGAGCCCAAGGCCAAGGCCGCCAAGGUGUGCCGCGCGUGCGGCGACGAUGUCGGGGCGCGGGAGGACGGCAGCCCCUUCGUGGCGUGCGCCGAGUGCGGGUUCCCCGUGUGCCGGCCCUGCUACGAGUACGAGCGCAGCGACGGCACGCAGUGCUGCCCCCAGUGCAACACCCGCUACAAGCGCCACAAAGGUACCCACCCACAUUGGUUCAGAAGCAGACAGUUAGAGAUGCCACGGUUCAUCACAACUGGGCACAUUUUGACGGAAUCUACUGUCGCAGGGUGCCCGAGGGUGGAGGGGGACGAAGAGGACGGCGACAUGGACGACUUAGAAGACGAGUUCCAGGUCAAGAGCCCCAAGAAGCCUCACGAGCCUGUUCCCUUCGACGUCUACUCGGAGAACGGCGAGCAGCCGCCGCAGAAGUGGCGCCCCGGUGGCCCGGCGAUGUCCUCCUUCGGCGGAAGCGUUGCUGGCAAGGAGCUUGAGGCGGAGCGGGAGAUGGAGGGGAGCAUGGAGUGGAAGGAGAGGAUCGACAAGUGGAAGACCAAGCAGGAGAAGAGGGGCAAGCUCAACCGCGACAACAGCGACGACGACGACGACGACAAGAACGACGACGAGUACAUGCUGCUGGCGGAGGCGCGUCAGCCGCUGUGGCGCAAGCUGCCGGUGCCGUCGAGCCAGAUCAACCCGUACCGCAUCGUCAUCGUGCUCCGCCUGGUGGUGCUCUGCUUCUUCCUCCGCUUCCGGAUCAUGACGCCGGCCAACGACGCCAUCCCGCUGUGGCUGGUGUCCGUCAUCUGCGAGCUCUGGUUCGCGCUCUCCUGGAUCCUGGACCAGCUGCCCAAGUGGUCGCCGGUGACCCGGGAGACGUACCUGGACCGCCUCGCCCUCCGGUACGACCGCGAGGGCGAGCCGUCCCGGCUGUCCCCCAUCGACUUCUUCGUCAGUACGGUGGACCCGCUCAAGGAGCCCCCCAUCAUCACCGCCAACACCGUGCUCUCCAUCCUCGCCGUGGACUACCCCGUGGACCGCAACAGCUGCUACGUCUCCGACGACGGCGCCUCCAUGCUCUGCUUCGACACCCUCUCCGAGACGGCCGAGUUCGCGCGCCGCUGGGUGCCCUUCUGCAAGAAGUUCGCCAUCGAGCCCCGGGCCCCGGAGUUCUACUUCUCCCAGAAGAUCGACUACCUCAAGGACAAGGUGCAGCCGACGUUCGUCAAGGAGCGGCGCGCCAUGAAGCGCGAGUACGAGGAGUUCAAGGUGCGGAUCAACGGCCUGGUGGCCAAGGCCGAGAAGAAGCCCGAGGAAGGGUGGGUGAUGCAGGACGGCACGCCGUGGCCCGGGAACAACACCAGGGACCACCCCGGCAUGAUCCAGGUGUACCUGGGCAGCCAGGGCGCGCUGGACGUGGAGGGCCACGAGCUGCCCCGGCUGGUGUACGUGUCCCGUGAGAAGCGGCCGGGGCACAACCACCACAAGAAGGCCGGCGCCAUGAACGCGCUGGUGCGGGUGUCGGCGGUGCUCACCAACGCGCCCUUCAUCCUCAACCUCGACUGCGACCACUACGUGAACAACAGCAAGGCCGUCCGCGAGGCCAUGUGCUUCCUCAUGGACCCGCAGCUCGGCAAGAAGCUCUGCUACGUCCAGUUCCCCCAGCGCUUCGACGGCAUCGACCUCCACGACCGCUACGCCAACCGCAACGUCGUCUUCUUCGACAUCAACAUGAAGGGGCUGGACGGCAUCCAGGGGCCGGUGUACGUGGGCACGGGGUGCGUGUUCAACAGGCAGGCGCUGUACGGGUACGACCCGCCGCGGCCGGAGAAGAGGCCCAAGAUGACGUGCGACUGCUGGCCCUCGUGGUGCUGCUGCUGCUGCUGCUUCGGCGGCGGGAAGCACCGCAAGUCGGACAAGGACAAGAAGGGCGGCGACGACGAGCCGCGCCGCGGGCUCCUCGGGUUCUACAAGAAGCGGGGCAAGAAGGACAAGCUCGGCGGCGGGCCGAAGAAGGGGUCGUACAGGAAGCAGCAGCGCGGGUACGAGCUGGAGGAGAUCGAGGAGGGCAUCGAGGGGUACGACGAGCUGGAGCGCUCCUCGCUCAUGUCGCAGAAGAGCUUCCAGAAGAGGUUCGGGCAGUCGCCGGUGUUCAUCGCCUCCACGCUCGUCGAGGACGGUGGGCUGCCGCAGGGCGCCGCCGCCGACCCCGCCGGACUCAUCAAGGAGGCCAUCCACGUCAUCAGCUGCGGGUACGAGGAGAAGACCGAGUGGGGCAAAGAGAUUGGGUGGAUCUACGGGUCAGUGACAGAGGACAUCCUGACGGGGUUCAAGAUGCACUGCCGUGGGUGGAAGUCCGUCUACUGCACGCCUACGCGCCCAGCGUUCAAGGGGUCGGCGCCCAUCAACUUGUCGGACAGGCUUCACCAGGUGCUCCGGUGGGCGCUGGGUUCCGUCGAGAUCUUCAUGAGUCGCCACUGCCCGCUCUGGUACGCCUACGGCGGCCGUCUCAAGUGGCUCGAGCGCUUCGCCUACACCAACACCAUCGUCUACCCCUUCACCUCCAUUCCCCUCAUCGCCUACUGCACCAUCCCCGCCGUCUGCCUCCUCACCGGCAAGUUCAUCAUCCCCACGCUCAACAACCUGGCGAGCAUCUGGUUCAUCGCCCUGUUCAUGUCCAUCAUCGCGACGGGGGUGCUGGAGCUGCGGUGGAGCGGGGUGAGCAUCGAGGACUGGUGGCGUAACGAGCAGUUCUGGGUCAUCGGCGGCGUGUCGGCGCAUCUGUUCGCCGUCUUCCAGGGCUUCCUCAAGGUGCUGGGCGGCGUGGACACCAACUUCACCGUCACCUCCAAGGCGGGCGCCGACGAGGCCGACGCCUUCGGCGACCUCUACCUCUUCAAGUGGACGACCCUGCUGAUCCCACCCACCACGCUCAUCAUCAUCAACAUGGUCGGCAUCGUCGCCGGCGUCUCCGACGCCGUCAACAACGGCUACGGGUCCUGGGGCCCGCUCUUCGGGAAGCUCUUCUUCUCCUUCUGGGUCAUCGUCCACCUCUACCCGUUCCUCAAGGGGCUCAUGGGGAGGCAGAACCGGACGCCCACCAUCGUCGUGCUCUGGUCUGUCCUGCUCGCCUCCAUCUUCUCCCUUGUGUGGGUCAGGAUCGACCCCUUCAUUGCCAAGCCCAAGGGGCCCAUCCUUAAGCCGUGUGGAGUACAGUGCUGAUUGACCUUAGCUGUCAAUGGCUCGCACGCAUUGCACUUUUGGGGCGGUUCAUAUUUGACUUGCUUAUUUUGUACAAGUUUUGCAAGCGAGAUAAAGUGUUGAUUCAGGGGGUUUCAAGUUGUAAGAAUUUGUUCAGGACAUUAUAUUCGAAUGGAAAGACACUGUUUCUGCA